UCCGGAUCUGUGAAAACGAUAAGCAGUAAUUCUAAGAAAGUGAUAAGCAAUCCCCUUGUACCCGGUUGUAACGAGAGUCGCGAAAGGCUCUCGGCAGGCUUUCUAAAUGGCAACGGAAGCACCGAAAGGGGUUCCCGCCCUGCUCACUCAAAUGCUGCAGCGCCUACUGGAUCGUGAUGUUGUGCUGGACGCGAAGGAACGUUCGGAACGUGCGAACCGCUUCUUCCCGGCCCGCAACGGCACGGAAGUGACCAACCUGCUGGGCCUCAUCUUCGACUGGCAACCGCUCGAGGAUGCCACCGCAGACAAUAUCCACCAAAAGCUGCUGUUCCGCGAGGCCGACUGCAAGAAGCACCUGCAACCGGUGGUGGCCCGUAUGCGCUCGUUCCACUUCAACUGUCUACCGAUGAUGAUGGCAACGGAGAAGGCCGGUGCCCAGCUUACGUGGAUGGUGCGAGUUUGGUUGAGUGAUGAGCAGCGGAUCGACUACAUCGAUAUGUUCCUGCGACGGUACGAAUCGUUCGAGGAGUUUUUGAAUUCCAACAAACUGCCUGCGUGCCGACUGUUCUAUCCACGGCAGGGAACGGUGCAGUACGACGCCGAGCAGGAACUACUGGUCGACUGUCGCACAAUCCAACCGGAUUCGCAGGUGUGGCGAAAUCUUGCCACGAUUUCUUCGCUCGGUGCCGUAGCGCUUACCCUGACUCCGCUAGCACCGGUCACUCUCGCUGUUGCGGCCGCUGGCAUGACUAUCCCGUCGCUCGGAUUCGCCAUCAACGAUCUCGUGGAUAGUGUGAAGCACGAGAAGACAUCGAUCGUGGUUCAGCGUGCGACACUGCUGACCGUUAAUGUGAUGUCGUUCGCCCAGGUUGGUCUUGUCGCGGGCUGCAAGGUAGCCAGACUGCGUGGCCUACUAACACCCGAGAAACUCAAGAUCCUGGAAACGGCCGAAAAGGUCGUCACAAAUAUCAACAAGUUCGUGGCACCGACGGCAGCAGCCACCUGUAUGCUGCUAGUAUCGCGGAGCGAUUGGGAUCGGCUAAGCACCCAGGAGCAGCUGCUGCUGGCGGCGAACCUGUGCCUGGCAUUCCGCGAGCUAGUAAGCCUCGCCACAGCGCAGCGCCUGAUGCGGCUGUGCAAUCGCCAAGGGUUGGUACGAUUCUUCCAAACCACCUGCGCGAACCUGAAACCUGGUUACGAUCGGCUGUGCUCCCUGAUCGAACCGUUCGUGGAACCCAUGAUGCGUUUCAUGAUGGACUCUCUGAAGCAAAACAUUUCGUUUACCAUGGACGACGACUUUGCGACGAUCACGAUCUUCGGCCACACACUGCCCGUGCCUAAACUGUUCAGCCUCGACGAAUCGCUGCUGUUCGAGCUGCUCAAACAGCUACGCGUUGGAUAUAUGGCCACGCAGCAGACGGUCAAAUUGACGAAAAAGGCUCUUGCCACCGAGAACCUGCUGAGCAGCCCGGGCUUGUCGCUGGACAUGAUAAACAUGGUCAUCGAAUUGUGCAGCAUGGUACGCUUACUGCCGGACGCAGCAGUAAAGCUGGCAGAGUCGAUAAGGAUCGGCAAGGGGCACAAGCUCACGAAGGAAACUCUGCUGGCAUGGUGGAAUGCGCCAUCCCACGACCGGAUCGCCCUACUGCGGGCUCUCGUUGCAAUGGACCGCGAUCAAACGGAACAGCUGAACGAGCUGCGGUCGAGUGGACGACUGAAGGAUGAGGAGUUGUUCCGUUGGUUGGCGGAAUCGAAGGUUUAUAUUCCGUACCUCCUUGAAGCCCUCCUGGAUGUGGCCAAACGUAUGCCAAAGUUGGCGAUCAUGUUCGAUGACAAGCAGCGCAUCGUCAUUGACGAGUUGCUGGCGAUCACGGCUACCGAGUACAAUACGGUGUCCACCGAGAAUCGUGAUGUGCUACUGAACGAUCGCCGGUUCUUACAGCUGUGUCGUGAUGCAUCUACCGACCAAUCCCAACGACGGUUUGAACUUGGACAACAAGCCUGGAUGCGGACGUGUUGCCAGCGGAGUCCGCAAUUUGAAACAAUCGAUCAAAUGAGCAGUCUGGUGGGGAAUGGUCGGCUACCACUCACCUUACCCCAGGCAUUGGACUACGCACUGGACAGCAAGGCAACCGUUGCCAAGGUGUACUACGGAACACUGUUCGCCUGCCAGGUGCUCAACUGGACCGGUACGGCAGCCGUGACCGGUGACGAGCAACUGGCCACGUUUCGAGCACGAUUCGCCGAGCUGGUCGUACAAGUCGAGUCCAAGUAUCGGAUGGUCGGCUUUAAGUGUCUGCGGAUUACGGAGCCGACAUCCGACGGAGGGGGCGUAAGCCUAUCUGACGAGGAGGUGAUUGCGCUGGCGCGUACGAUGCUCUCCUGUCCGGACGAAAUUCCAGUAAAAUCCUUUCGGAAGCAGGCCCCCAUUGUACCGUUUGGUCCGGCGGAGCGAGCUGCCCUGUGGUUACACUUCGUUCCAGCCCUUCGCCAUCCUGACGGUCGGCAGCAAAUCCUGACCACUAUCACUGAUCUGCUGGCUAAUGGCGAGGCUGAGCUGAUGGUCGAUGAAAAGAAUGGCACGGUACGCCGUGACACGGAUGGUGCUUACAUGGUUGUGUUUUACCGUGGCGCAGCGAAAGUUAUUCUCGAGCUGAUCCCCAACGGUCACGGUAAUAUGCUCGGCUCGAUCUAUCUUUGCAGCUUGAAGGCAACGGCCGUCAAGUGGACUACAAAAUCUACACCGCCCGCGCAUCAGGCGACAGAGCAGAACAAUUAGGAUGCUGCAGCUGCGGCUGCUUGAACUGUAUUGGUAACAUUUGCUGAACGACUAGAUAACGCAUAUUUUAAGGUUUGAAGGUUUGAUGAACAAAAAAAGUGAUAAUUUCGAAAUAAAACAAUUAAAUCAGUUACUUAA